AUGUCUCCUUUCUUUGCCUCCUGCCCAGGGACUCACUCUCUGAGAUAUUUUCGCCUGGGCGUUUCAGAUCCUGGCCAUCCCGGCCAUGGGCUCCCUGAGCUUAUUUCAGUGGGGUACGUGGACUCUUACCCCAUCACCACGUAUGACAGUGUGGCUCAGCAGAAGAAGCCAAAGGCCCCCUGGAGGGCGGAGAACCUGGUGCCCAGCCACUGGGAGAGGUACAGGCAGCUGCUGAGGGGCUGGCAGCAGACGACCCAGGUGGAGCUGAAGCAGCUGCAGAGGCGCCAUAACCACUCAGGGCAUCACACUUACCAGAGGAUGACCGGCUGCGAGGUGCUGGAGGAUGGAAGCACCCCGGGACUUCUCCAGUAUGCGUAUGACAGGCAGGAUUUUCUUAUCUUCGAUAAAGACAGCCUGUCCUGGAUGGCUGUAGAUAAUGCGGCCCAUGUCACCAAGCGGGCGCGGGAGGCCAAUCAAGAGUUACAGUAUCAGAAGAAUUGGCUGGAGGAAGAAUGCGUCGCCUGGCUAAAGAGAUUCCUGGAGAAUGGCAAAGACGUGCUCCAAAGAACAGAAUGGAGGGACUCCAAGGGCCCGUUCUUUUGGGGGAUCCAGAGAGACAAAUCCAUCUCCUGUCAACAGUAA